AUCUGGCAAACGCCGCACGUGCGAGAUGGUAGGGACUAAACAGAGCGUCAAAUGCCCAAAGCAAUCCACUGGCGCAAGCAACAGUAGGGCUAGAGCUUAUCUUGAGGAGCCAUACCGGGUCCAGUUUAAGGACGAUGAUCACAUUAUUAAGUAUGACGAAUAUAUGAGAAAGACGAUUGGGAUGGUUCUGUAUCCAGCUGAGGAGCCUUUGGAGAAGGUGGGACUCAAAGAUUGAAUCUUCCAUUUGAUACAUAAGCCUUGGUGACACCCCUUAUUCUUCGGCAUUCAGGAGCCCACCUAUUAGGAGUUGACGUGCGAGGUUCUAUCAUCAAUGAAGACCAAGAAGCUCAUUUUCAACGACACAAGGGCAGAGAUUACUUUUAGAGCCUUGGAGAAACAUUGUCUAUGUCUACGACCGAUUUGUCUUACAAGUUGGGCUUUCCUCAUUGUCGCACUCCACCAGAUGUUGUUGAUUUUCCAUCCACUGUAGACCGUCGGGAGUUUUGGAGAUCUAUGUCCAAUAGCGGUACCCCAUAUGACCCGCGGACUUCUAGGAGCCUUGAGUUGCACCCCCCAGAGCUUAGAGUUAUCCACGGCCUUCUCACAUCUACGAUCACUGGCUGCUAUGAGAUAGGUGGCAUCAUUUCGACUAUAGAUUUGAUGUGUCUCUACUGCAUGCUUCACGAUGUGAAGCCUCAUAUGGGUGCCCUUAUAGCUGGGCUCUUUCACCGACAGUCACAACAUCGGGUGAAGAGCAUUUAUGCUGGCCCUUACAUUACACGAGUUUUGAGCAACAUGGGGUAUGCAGAUCGGUUUGUUGGGAUGCAGGUGGUGAAGAACAUUGCUCUGAUGAUGAAGAUUGUUCUUACUCAACGUAAGAAGACGGUGAUGAUGCGAAUGGUGCUGAGCACGCUGAGGGGAUGCAGGCUGAGGCUGAGGGACAACCGCCCCGUUGAUGAGACACAACUUGCUGUAGGCCACGCUGCUGAGGAAUCUUCCUAUAUGCCCCUCCCUACGAACACGCUUAUCCCAACACUUGGGAGAGGAUGCAUCAGCAUCAAGAAGAUAUAUACCAACGGCUGUAUCAGCAUCAGGAAAAUAUAUACUAGCGGCUGUAUCAGCAUCAAGUUGACACUUUUAGGCGCUUACACGAUGAUAUGAUGUCUUCGUUCACCACAUUCUCCACCCAGUACAAGGAUUUGGAUUCCUGUGUGUCCUCGGUGGAAUCGAACUGGAGUAGCUUUUUCUCUAAAUACCAACUUGGCAACUUCAACCACCGUCGGAGCAGUAGAUAAUGAUUAGUUAACGUUUUUUCCUACCAGUUGUAUUUGCUUUGUUUCUAUCUAAACUAUAGGAUAUUCUUGUAUUUAUUUUGUUGGAUAUUCUUGUAUUUAUUGUUGGAUAUUCUUGGCUUUGUUGAUCUUUAUUGCAUUCUGGUACUCUGAACAUAAAAGUAUAAAAUAGUUUCACGGAAUUGUUC